AUGUUCCAACCAAAUAAACGACUUAAAGUGAAUGCAAUACGCCAUAGAAACUUGAAGAAUACACAAAGAAUAAAUUCCCUUGAAAGCGAUUCGAAAACAUGUGAAACUACUUGCAACGAGAGCUUUCGACAAUAUCUUCGCAAUUCAACGUUACACGGUUUAAAGUAUGUUGGUGACAGUACGAUAACAUUAUUUGAACGCAUAUUCUUCGGAUUAAUGUUUUCCGUUGUGGUUGCACUUUCGGCAUACUUCAUCACUAAUGUAUACGAUAAGUAUAAGUCAUCGCCAAUGAUAAUAUCGCUUAAUUCGAGGCCAACCGAUAUCACUAAGCUGCCAUUUCCUGCUGUUACUGUUUGUAACAUGAAUCAAGCGCUUAAAAGUGUGGUUGCCAAUUAUGCGGUAGACAGCGACGAAUUUUCAAUGAUUCAAAGUAUUUGCGCGGUAGCUGUUGAUGAAGAUGUUAAAAAUUCAAAAACUGGAAAAUGGUCCGACUUCCAAAAAGUCUUGAUAGAUGUGUCUCAGUCAUGCAAGGAUAUGUUAAUUUCAUGUAAUUAUGGUGGUUUCGAAUACAAUUGUUCUGACGUUUUCGUUACUGUUCUAACGGACGAGGGACUUUGCUGUACAUUCAAUGGAGUGAAUAGGAAGUUCAUAGCGAAGCCAAAUAUCAAGUCGGAUAAUUUAGAUCCACAAGAGUUCAAUAUGAGCCAGCAUUUAGACAAAUUUGCCAAUCAGUGGACCCCAGAGAUGGGAUUCGCAAGCGAUGAACUGAAAAACCAUAAACUUGGCUAUCCGCGUUCAACAGUUGGUACCGGCGCUCACUUGGGAUUGAGUGUUAUUUUGAAUGCUGGCAUUAGUGAAUACUAUUGUUCGUCCACGAGUAGUUAUGGCUUUAAAAUUUUGCUACACAAUCCAACUGAGGCCCCACAAAUAUCAAACUAUGGUACGUCUAUUUCUAACGGCUACGAAUCUCGUGUCGUUAUAACACCGGCACUGUCCGAAGCAUCUGCAACAGUGCGAAAUAUGCCGCUCAACGUACGAUAUUGUUUAUUCGAAGAAGAGAAUCACCUGCAAUAUUUUAGUACUUAUUCACGAAGAAAUUGUCAAAUGGAGUGCAACGCCCUAUAUUUUUUGAAAUACUGUAAUUGCAUUUUGUAUUGGAUGCCCCGAUUCUAUGAUGACAUUCCCAUUUGUGGACGAUCGAAUGAUGACUGCGUCGACGACGUCACCAAUCAACUAAAUGCACAAAAGAACAGCUCAUUUUCUUGUGAUUCUUGUAUGCCCGGAUGCUUCGAAGUCAAUUAUCAUGCAAGAGUUUCGAUGGCACCAUUACUCCAUGGAGCUCCAGUACUUGCUGAGAAGGGACUUUCCGGACCAAAUGUGUCGAUUGCACAUAUAUUUUACCAAUACAGGUUCUUUCGUAGCGAAAAAAAGGAUGAGCUGAUUGGUUUCACUGAACUUUUGUCUAAUACCGGUGGACUCUUGGGUUUAUUCAUGGGCUUCAGCUUGUUCUCAUUUGUAGAAAUAUUUUACUAUUUGUCGAUUCGACCAUACAGCAUUGUGGCUUCAAAGCGACGUAGAACAUUCAAUCGAAUGUUCAAAAAGACCAGCAGAAUUAGAGCCGAACAAACCGUUACACCGGUGGAUGUUAAAGAUGCGGCUCAUCAUCAUACAGAUUCAAUUUAUCCAUAAAAUCUCCGUUUCAUCAUGAAGUUGUGAAGCACAAAUAAUAAUUGCAGAAAUUCAAACUUAAAACUUUGCUUAAAUGUAUUGCGGUCCAUAUCAAUAAAUAAAUUUU